AUGGACUUAAAGCAUGCGUUCUGGCAGAUAGAGUUGGAUGACGCCAGCAAAAGAUAUAUGGCUUUCACGGUACCGGGACGUCUGUUGUACCAUUUCGUGGUUAUGCCAUUUUGGUUAACGAAUGCAGCCCAGAGGUUGUGUUGGCUCACGGACAAAGUGAUACGACAGGAACUCAGGGAAAGCGUCUUUGUGUACCUGGACGACUUGUUGGUGGUAUCGGAAAACUUUCAGGACCACACGAUGACGCUGGAGGAGGUUUCCAGAAGCUUGAAGGCGGCAGGACUGAUAAUAGGCCUGAAGAAAUCGCACUUUUGUUUUAAGGAGCUGCGUUAUCUGGGCUAUGUGAUUGACGGAGGAGUGGUGAGGACCGAUCCAGAGAAAGUGGAAGCGAUCAACAGGGUGGCUGUGCCAAAGAGUGCCAAGGAAUUUCGGCGAUUCCUCGGGAUGGCAGGAUGGUACCGAAGACUCAUACGGAACUUUGCAGAACUGGCGACACCGCCGACGGAUACUCUGAGAAAGAGCAAAUUUGCAAUGACGGAGGAGGCAGAGAGGUCGGUGAAGGAGGCACUGACUACGGCGCCAGUCUUGAGACAUCCUGAUUUUAAAAGUAUAUUUUAUGUGCAGUGCGAUGCUUCGGACACAGGGAACCUGGCCGGAAGGUUGGCUAGGUGGUCGUUCAAGCUACAACCGUACCAGAUGGCAAUCGAGCACUGCAAAGGGACCGAGAAUGUGAUGGUAGACACACUAUCCAGGAUGUUGGAAGCCGUCGAGAAGCCUGAAGAAGACUGGAUGCUCGGAUUACAAACAACCGAAUUUGAAUCACCACAAUAUGUGGAGUUGAGGCAGGUGCUCGAGACGGAGAAAGAGACGUUCCCGGAUAUUAAGGCUGUGGACGGCUACGUGUUCAAGCGAACGGAGUGCAGAACCGCAGCGGAGUUGGAGGAGAACAUUUGGAAGUUUUGGGUACCAGCCUCUGAGUCGUUUUUCCUGGGAAUGGUUGCUCAGGUCCGAGCUUUUGUGAGGGACUGUCAAACGUGUAAAGAGACGAAGCCUACGAAUAGCGGCCCGCGGCUAGGCAUAGGGACCUAUAGGCCAUUCCAGAAACUCUAUAUAGACUUCCUAGGGAAGUAUCCGAGGUCGGGUAAAGGGCACGCUUAUAUAUUUGUUGUGGUAGACCACUUUUCGAAGUACGUCUUCCUGAAGGCGAUGAAGGAAGCAACGACGGCAGAAGUGGUGAAGUUCCUGGUGGGAGAGAUAUUUCACACUUUUGGAGUUCCCGAGACAUCCAUUCGGACAAUGGGAAGCAAUUCGUGGUAA